AUGGCCAUGGAUAUUGCCAACGGCGAACGUAGCAUCUUGAAUUGGGAUGAAGACCAUGUUCACCGAUGGCUUACAAGCCUUGGUUUUUCGCAGUAUGAAGCUCAGAUCAAAGAGCAUAAUAUAUCCGGUGACGUCCUUUGCCUGCUGGAUGCGGAGGAUCUCAAGGCAAUCGGGAUAAGCACUGUGGGUCAGAGAUUGGCCAUACUUAAGGCCGUCUAUCAGGCUAAGCUCGCUCACCAUGUGCCUGUUGAGGCCGACCACUACAUUCCUCCAUCAUUCCCUACGACAGCACAAAAGGUUCACUCACUCGAAGAAGACAACAAACGUCUAAACGAAAGAUUCCAACUGCUUGUUGACGAGAUUAACCAUGCUCCACUAAAGCGACAACCCUCCUUCAAGUGGGCUCAGUAUGUUAAUCCCACCAAAUCACCAACCAAACCCGACGUCGAAUCCCCCCACCCUUCCCCCCAACAAACAGACCCUGACAUAUCUCAUAGUCGCGGGCUGCAGCAUAAUCAAUCCCACAAGCAUCCACCAGCACCUGUAGAGUCACCUAUUCAACCGUCACCUUCAACGUCAUCACGACCCAGCCGGCAAGAGAGCACUGACAAUCUUAAGAGUUUCAAGGUCAGUCUAGAGGACCCGACGUGGAAAGUGCUUCCCGCGGCCCUUAAGAAGUACAAGAUCAACAACGAUAAUUGGCAAAAUUAUGCCAUGUUCAUAUGUUAUGGUUCCCCAGGAAACCGCAUCGAGCGAUGUCUCAGUUACGAUGAAAAGCCUCUUCUACUCUUCCAGAAACUCAAAGACGCAAAGAAGAACCCUGUUUUCAUGCUCAAGCACAUUAAGGAUAUCCGGUCUCCCAUCGCCGUCGCACAGCAAAAACACGCUCUCCGCAAGGCGUCCGUUGCCUCCGAGUCAUCAUCCAGCCAAUCCAACAACAAGUCUUCAGCGUCAGGGCAGGGCAGGGCAGGCGCGCGACCACCGAAAUUAGAAGUUAAUGACAUUUCACCUCCCGCACCCCCAUUAACAGGUACCACACCACAAGCUGGAUGGCCAGAGGUGAUGUCGCCGAUACUGGAGAAGCAAGAGCAUGAUGCUGUGAAUAUCAGAGACACGUGUUCAUCUUCGACAACGCUCGUGGGUCAUACGAGCACCGCAGAAGACACGGCGAGGAGGGAGAUGCCGCCGCCGAUGUCUGGGGUAUCGUACGCGGUUGCAAUAUACCCUUAUAUGGCAGAGCAGGAAGAUGAGUUUGAUGUGGUUGUUGGUGAUACAUUUGUUAUUUUGUCUCGCGCACGAGGAUGGUGGGUGGUGCAACGUGACCCGACAGGUUCAGGUGUGGUCGACACGGAUACCUCAAAGCAGGGCUGGGUACCUGCAGGUUGCCUCCUUGAGACAAAUGUUCCAGUUGCAUCCGCUAUUGCAGAGGCUACCGCAGCCUCCAAGGCAUCAGGUUCCUGUGACUUGCCAUUAGCAGCUGAUUCUAAGACGCCCAUCCUCCCUCUCAGUAUUAUAUCGACGAAGGAGUUGGAUUUAGUGAAAGAUGAUGCGCUUAGGGUGUUCAAGAAAUACAAUCACUGGUCAUAUGCUGUCAAAGAAGAUGGUGGCGAUCGAGGAUGGGUACCUUCAUGGUUCAUUGGCAAGGUACCUACUCCCGGCGCAGUGCCGCCGACACCGAGCACAGGCUCCGCGCCCGCACUUAGCGGUGGACCCUCCGUCUCCCUGGACACUGAGAGUGCGAACCAAAAUCAGGUUUCACCGAUGUCCUCCGCCUUCCCCCCGCCAAAUAGAAGCGGGGUUAUAUGA